AUGUACGCUUCACCCCCUCUGGCCGCUUCUUUCGUCUACUCGCAAUCCCCUGUCGGUUCUUUGCAUCCGAUGUCCCUCUCCCUAUCUGUCGAUCUUUUAAGUAUCUCUCCCGGAACAGCGUUCUUCAAGAGCAUCUGCCAGGCACCGCGGGCCGGCCCAAUGACGGACACCUCGCAUCCCACUCCCAGAACAGGGUUCCUUGAAUCUUACCACACAAGAGCCCUGUUCGAGCAGCUGCAUCGUGGUCAGCCCAGCUGGCUAAAAACACCAAAAGCCACAUCCACGCAGCAAAGCGGGAGAUAUUUUAUUGGGAACACACCCUAUGUAAACCACCCCCGAAAAAAACACCAUAGCUGUGCAGUGACCAGCCCAGUAGCGCGACAGAGCCUGCUGGCUAAAAACAAAUGUUCUGCAACAGCAAGCGGGACAAACAUAAGGUGCACAACUCCGCGAGGAUAAAAAAUGAACACCUACGUCGUCGUCGUGAACACGAGACGAGACGAGGUAGUCCGUCGUCUAGGGCACGGUAAUGCCAAUGCCAACCAUCCACCAUGCGGUACACACACCGUGCCGCGUGCGGGGGAGAGGAGGAGUCCCGUGGGGAGCGGAACACAGUGGAUACAACCUAACUACUAUUCAUCAAUCCACAAGAAUGAUAGCCAAGCCCACUCCAGUCCCGUGUUCCCCACGGACAUGAUCUCAUACUAUCGUCGAUGUGGGCUACGUGUGUGUGCAUGCGUAACGCAUGACAAAUUCAGAAACCCCAGACCCAGAAUCAAAAAUGGUGGACGAUUGCCGAUCUGAGUGGGUAUGGAUAUGGAUAUGGAUAGUGUGUGCGUAGUAGAUGCGCUAAUUUAACCUAUCUGUUCUAUUUGAUUUGGUUUGGUUGCCUUGCACGGUACCCCAGACUAUAAUUUGACCUAUUCCUUGAU